AUGGAAUUGGAUAUUGCACGAGUUUCGCAGACAUUUUCGGAUGCUGUCGGCAUCGUCAGCGUUCGAGGUCGAAAACUCUUCGACAUCGUCGUGCCCUCGGAGCGAGAAAAGGUUCAGAGCCACCAACGGCAGAUGCAGGACGAGCGGGCGAGGAAAGAUCCAGUGUACCUGCCACCCAUCUUCGGCCAGCACGAGCAGGAGCGUGUCUUCGAGUCGUUGCGGUUUGAGGCGGAUGAGCUGUCGCGGUUCCAACUUGAUCGUCAAGACUUCUUCGUCUUCGCAUCGAGCGAUGGCCAGCCCCGGUCGUUCUCGGUCCGCAUGGGUCUUGCGAAGCGGGAGUCGAUAUACUUUAUCGUGCUCCUACUGAACGCUGCGCCCAGAUAUCCGUAUCCCUCACCUUCACCUCACGCCAGAGACAUUCCGUACUCGUACCAGCAACAAGCUCCGCCGCCGCCACCACAGUCACAGACAUAUGCCCAACAUACGCCGAUAUCUGCGACGUUUGAGCCUUCUCGGCCUCGGUUUGGCGAGAGCACACUUGCACCCCGGCCGUCUCCGGGACAGCCUCCGCACAUGGCAUCUGGACUGAGUCCAGGCGUCAGCCCUGGCAUGCCAUCAUACGCGGCCUCACCUAGCCGUCCCGACUACGCUGUCGGGCCGUCAUCCUACCAGAUUCCCCGCAGUGAGUUACCGCCGACCACCCGGCCGCCGCAACCAUCUUUCCAGCUCCCUCCGAUCCGCGCUGGCCCGCAUCAGCCUCCUCAACCGGAACCAUCAUGGCAAAGAGACGAGCGGUCCUCCGGUCGUGUCGACAUCGGCGGCUUGCUUGAACAACCGGACCCGCAGCAGCGCCGUCCGCAAUGA